AUGUUCACGGGCAACGAAGUCGAUCGCCUGAACGAUGAAGACUUGCAAAGGACCUGUGACCUCAUGGGCAUCUCCUUCGCAGAAAACGAGGCAGAGUCAAACUUAGGGAAUCUAGAGUUCGUUAAACCGGUUGAAUCUGUCGUUGGUGUCAUUGACAGGGCAGUAGCUUAUGGAUCGCCUGCCCGAGCCCCCUUCGCCGAAAGGCUCUUGGCCGGGAAUCGGGCAGUGUCACCGAGCAUGCGGCUGGUGUCGGUGACAUUGGCGCCGCACUCACGGUCGUCCCGAUCGCAGACGGGGCCCAGUCAACUGCAGGCGUUGAUGGCAUGUAUGGGGUCGGAGACCCUGCAACUCAGCUGCACAUGCACCUUCAAAAAACCGGUGAGGCCAAGUGAAAAGCCUGGGUCUCGACGUUUCUUUUGA